AUGGCACGCAGCGACAACUGGAGCUGCCCAAUUUGUCUGGGCAGAUUCGUGCGUCCCGUGCUCGUCUCCUGCUGCGGCCAGAGCUUCUGUCGCUCGUGCUUAGACGAUGCACUGCGUCAGGCGGAUGCCUGUCCAAUGUGCCGCUCCCCGCUGCUCUCGGGACCAUUUUCCGUGACUUCGAAUCGAGCACUUGAAGAUGCUCUGACCGCGUUGGAUUCUUCCUCUCCACGACGAUCUACAACCGAGAAACGAGCUACUACAAGCUUUGUUGAUGCUGCGGAGAGGAAACUGACGGCUCAAAUGCAAGUAUCGCUUCGACGAAGACUGCGGCAAUGGGAACUGUGGUGCAGAGUGAAUUGGGCAUCGUUGCAGUGCGUAUUUUACGUUGCGCUCUUCUUUGUGUUUGUAUCUUUCCUUCGCGUUCAAGAGGAAGAGUUUGCAGGUUCAAAGCAACGCUUACGUCGCCCCAACUAA